AUGGUGCAAGAACCAUAUGUUGAACCACCACCUGAACGAAUUGAUAUCGUUCGUGGUACAAAUUAUCUUCUUGAAUCUCUUGGUAUUGACCAUCGUAUUCGUUCGAUCAGUGAAUUCGCCAGUCCAGUACUCAUUCCAGUUUAUGAAAAGAUUUGUUCAUGUCAAUUAAAUGAUGUUCGUCUACCUGUUCAUAAUCUUGCUGAUGAAAUACAUAAUAUUCAAUCUGUGAUAAAUGCCUUAUGUUUUGAUACAGUUGAAUUUGAUCUUUCACAUAUAUCAGGCGAACAAGUAGCUAAUGGAGAUUUAUAUGCAAUGGAAGAUUUACUUGAAAUAUUAACCGAUGUUUAUCAUUGGAUAAAAAAUGACAGACAAGAGAAUGAUGAAAUUGCUGCUUAUCCAGGUCGAACAUACAUUCCACCACUUAAUUCCGAUCGAUCAAGUGUUCAAGCUUCGUCUCUCGGAGCUCAAAUUGCUCAAUUAGCUGAUCGACGACGUGCAUUUGGUCACGAUAUGGCUGCUCCAAAUAGCCUUGUUUAUACAGAAAUUAGCCCAAUUGUUUCACCGUCCAGUUCACCUUCUCGUCGACAUCCUAAAGAGAAUGUUGAACAUGAUACUGUUGUUGAAGAUUUACAAGAAAAAUAUCAAGCAUUAUUACGUCGUUUCGAACAAACAGUACACAUUUCAUCAGAUCCACUUAAUCUUUCACGAAUAUCAGAAGAUGCUCCGUCCACAACAACGCCAGAUUUACGUCUACUACUUGAUGAUUUAACAAAUUAUAACAAUGGUAAAAAGCAAGACAAUUAUCAUAAAGAAACACGUACAGUUAGUAAUAAAAAAGAAUAUGAUGAUAUUGAGGAUGACUUAGCAUUAAUUCUUAAUGAUAAAAAAUUACAACAGCGAAUAAAACCAAUCGAAUCAAUAGAAGAUCAUGAAACAAUAAAAUCAAAUACGCAAGAUUCUAUAAUAUCAGCAACGACAACAACAAUAGGACGUAAUCGUUUAAAUCAUAGUGAUGAAUUCUAUCAAAUUCGAAAUCAACUUCAAGAACAAUAUCAUGUAAAACACAAUCUAAAUCAUUUUCUUGAACGACAUUUUAACGAUGAUCUUGAUGAUUAUAAAUCAACAAAAACAUUACUGCAAAAUGACAAAGAACGUCAUGCUAUGCAACAUCAUGACAUAGAUACAUCAACAUUAAGAAUUAAUGAACAUCAAUCUCGUGUGCGUCGUUCACAUUCAGCUUCAUCGAAAAUAAGAGAAGGUGCGUUACGAAAAGGCUUUCUUUGUGCAUCAACAAAUGCAUUAAAUGUACGACCUCUUGUACAUAAACAUGAUUUUAAUGAUCCGGAAACAACAAUUGAUAAUGAAAUAACAACAAAUGUGAAAACAACAAAUAAACAUCGCUUAUUACUUGGCAAUGAGAAUGACCUAAUUCAAGUAUUAAAUGAACAAUUUCCUGGAAUUUAUGUUUCAACAGAAAUGCAAGCAAAACUUAAUGAUCAAUUCAGUAAACAUAUUGACAGUGUAUUUAAAUCAAGAGUUGAACUUCUCAAUUCUCAACAAGGAAAUUUGAAUGACCUUGAAAAAGUCAAGCAGAAACAUGAUCAAAUGACUGAAAUUCUACGUAAAGAAAUAGGUGCUGUACAACGUCAGCAAGACAUUCAAUUAAAACAAUCAGCUGAACGUAUUCUUAAAUCAAAAAUUCGUGAUCAACGUAUUCAACAAGCACGUGUACGUCGUUAUUUUCAAGAAUAUUGUCUUGAUCAACGAAAACGUUUAUUAAAAAAACGCACAAAUGAAGAAUUAAUAUUAAAACAAGCUUACAAAGAUUCGAUACGUAUUCAACGUGAACGUCUACAAGAAAUGAAAAAAUACAAACAAGAAUACAAUGCUUUAUUUCUCUCACGUUAUCGUAAUCAAUUAGAAUCUCUUGAAAAUUAUUACCGUCAACGUCUUGAUAUGUUUAAAGAAGUUGAACAAAAAGAAUCAGCUCUACAACGUACUAAUGAUCGUGAAGAUAAAUUAGAAUUGAAUAAACAACGUUUACAAUUACGUAAAAAACUUGAAACAGAUAUAAAACAGUUACAAGAUCAAUUAAAUCAAAAUGAUGAUUAUAUACAUUUUCGACAAUUAGAUUUAGAACGUUUAAAAGAAAAUUUAACUCAAGCAAGAAUAACAACAAAAGUUUAA